AGCACAUUCGCCAACAAUCGCUCGCGGUCUUACAGGCCUCUGUAAGACUAGGACGCAACUAAGCUAGAUGAAAGGAAACUUGUUAAAACGAUCGUAUAAAAGGCCUCUCCAAAGCAAGCUCCUGGGCUGAAUUUCAACCCAAGCCCGCCCCUGAGUGAGACCAACAACUGCAGCAAACUGUGCUAACUUCAUAUUUGAAAUAGCAUAACAGCUGGGCCCACUGGACCCCACAGUGAAACAUUAAGUUGACCCAACAGCCAGAAUAAGCUAUCAAAGUGAACUGCAAUGGCUUCUGUGGCAUCACCAAUAAGGUCAAUGACACCGCAUGGAUGAUAGAAGAGCAGUACUUCAAUACCACAGUCUCUGUGGCAGACAAAGGAACCCUGAAACAGGGAGCGCACACAUUUCCUUUCAAGUUUCUCAUACCAGCCACUGCUCCAACAUCUUUUGAAGGCAACUAUGGACGAAUUAUUUACAGAGUGAGGGCUUUUAUUGACACACCACGAUUUACCAAGAACUACAACACAGAGAAAGCUUUCUACAUGCUAAGCCUUCUAAACUUGAACAAACUGCCAGAGAUAUGGGGAACCUGCUCAUCUGCAGUCACCCAGCAGUUCACCUAUAUGUUGAUGAAAACUGGGACCAUAGUCUUGAGGGCUCAAACAGACAUGAAGGGGUACACACCAGGUCAGAUCAUUCAGGUGACUGCCAACAUCUACAACCAGUCGGGGAAGAACACAGGCAACAUGGCAGCCAGCCUGAUGCAGAGAGUAACCUAUGAGACGAAGAGGCCCACCCAUGAUGUGAGAACAAUAGCAGAGGUGGAGGGUGGUGUGGUGAAGGCUGGCAAAGAGGUGGAGUGGAAGGAGCAGAUCAUUGUUUCUCCUCUCCCUCAGUCCUCCCUCGCUGGCUGUGAGCUUAUAAAGAUCGAAUAUUAUGUCAAAGUGUGUCUGAAGUCUCCUGAUGUCAUGCUAACAUUACCUAUCCACAUUGGGAAUGUCUCGCUAGACAAAAAACGGCAACCUCCCAAAAAAGUAUCUGCUCCUUCCACUGAGGAUACGCCAGCCUCUGCCUCAUCACCAGAAACUUCUUCUGCCUUGACACCCACCUUGCCCUCUCGUCCUGACCCAAAUCCUGCUCCCCGUCCUGCCACUCAUUUUAGGACAUCCUCCCAGAAUUCCCCCAGUGCUCCUCCAGCUGAGUACCACCCAGGAGCACAGGGUGGGGCCCUGAUGAGUGAGGACUUCCAAAACAAGCGGCAGUCGCAGCUGGUCUCACCCAAUGCAUUCAGCUAUGCUCCAGGCCUCUUUUUUCCCCAGAACCAGCAUCCAAGUGGACCAGCUACUACACCCAAUGGGCUUGCAUUCAGUGGGUCUACAGGGGCCACAACUCUUUACCCCUCUGUCAAUGGUAUCACCUCAGUGGCAACACCACAUAUCGUGCCUCCAGACUACAACACUUCAGGUUAUCCACAAGGGGCUCCUCCUUCUUACAAUGAAAGCUGCAACACAUAAGGUGGACAAAGAAGAAAAAAAAACAGGUGACAAAAAAUUCAAAUGUUCAAGUAAACUGCACUUCAUGUACAAAGUACAUUUCGAAAAUAAGAGCCCUUUUUGAAAGAUUGAUAAUGAAAGUGAAUUGACUACAGACUUUACUGCCUAGUAAACGAGUCUUUAC